GUGCAGCGAUCGGAGCGCGAGUGGGCCUACGUGCUGAGCGGCGAACAGUACUACAUUCUGCGCAAGGGCGGGACCGAGCAGCCGAAUACGUCGCCGCUCUACAAGGAGAAGCGUGCCGGCACGUACCACUGCGCUGCCUGCGACUCGGCGCUCUUCAGCAGCGUCGACAAGUUCAACUCUGGGACGGGAUGGCCGAGCUUCGCGACUUCACUCCCCGCCGUCGAGGUCUUGAAGAACAAUCCCGUCCUAGCCGCCGUCGGGGGCACAGAGGUCCGCUGCGGGACCUGCGGCGGCCACCUCGGCGACGUCUUCGCCGACGGGUUCUUGUUCCCUGGCACACGCGCCGCGGAGAGCGGCAAACGCUUCUGCAUCGACGGCGGCGCCCUGGUGUUCCGAGCC